UCGGGCCACGCCCCGGAAGUGCGCGCGCCGGCAAGAUGGCGGCUGCGGCGCCUGUGCUGCGGGGUCUGCGCCGCCUGAGCCGGCUGCUGCUCUUCCUCUGCCAGUUCUACGUUUUGUCGGGUGGCGAGCACUCGCAGCCGCACACUCAGGCAGUGAAGGAUCCCGGCCCAACGCGCACCUUCACCGCAGUUCCCAGGGCAGCAGAAAGCACCGAAAUCCCGCCUUAUGUGAUGAAGUGUCCAAGCAAUGGUUUGUGUAGCAGACUCCCUGCGGACUGUAUAGACUGCACCACAAAUUUCUCCUGUGUCUAUGGGAAGUCUGUCACUUUUGAUUGUACCGUGAAGCCUUCCGUUACCUGUGUUGACCAAGAGCUCAAACCCCAAAAGAACUUCAUCAUCAACAUGACUUGCAGAUUCUGCUGGCAGCUUCCGGAGACAGAUUACGAGUGCACCAACUCCACCAGCUGCAUGACGGUCUCCUGUCCCCGUCAGCGGUACAAGGCCAACUGCACGGUGCGAGACCACAUUCAUUGCUUGGGUAACCGUACUUUUCACAAAAUGCUGUACUGCAAUUGGACUGGAGGCUACAAGUGGUCGACUGCUCUGGCUCUAAGCAUCACCCUCGGCGGCUUCGGGGCCGACCGCUUCUACCUGGGCCAGUGGCGCGAAGGCCUGGGCAAGCUCUUCAGCUUCGGUGGCCUUGGGAUAUGGACACUCAUAGACGUCCUGCUCAUCGGCGUUGGCUAUGUGGGCCCAGCUGAUGGCUCCUUGUACAUUUAGCUAGGGUUUGUGCUUCGAGAGGAGCAGUACUAGGAAAAUAUGUUCAACCUGUAGGAAUUAAUGUGAGUGAUGAAUUUGUAUGUCUUUAAUGUACAGCAUCUGUACUUUGCUUGCCUUGAUGAAGGUAAAAUAAACCUUGAACCAUGCUAACCUGAAACUUUUUAUUUGCCUGAAUUUUUUCUUUUCUGUGAAAAAAUGUAAACUUAGCCAGAAAACAAUUCUGCAUGGGUGCGAGUGCAUUUAACUCAGUGCUGUUGGUUUUACAUUAUGCAAGUCACACCAUGUCCUCAUGUCUGCAGCGGGCCUGCCGUCUGCCAUGGACAGCCUUGCAGCUGCAGGCAGGAGCAGCUUUUUGUUCUGUUAAUGGAGUAAAGUCACCUACCCGAGCUUCAGUUGUCUGUGAGCUUUGUGUUGUAGUCUGGUCUUCGUAAAGUAAAAUGCAGAACUUUGUCUGGUCGCCAUGAUUUGUAUUUUGUUAAUAUAAAUUUGCAAGAGUACUGAAAAAUUUCAUAAAGCUACACAUUUAGGAAAUACAGUAGGCCUGUUUCUAUGUUAAAUUACCUUCAACAGUCUAGCACCUUACCUUUCUUAUUAAAUGAAGUGUUCUUCAGGGCAGUGCUGCAUUCCAAUCGUGAUGAACCCCUGGCUUACUGACAGAAGCGUUGGCAGAUGCGUUUCAGUGUGAUAAGUAGUUGAUCUGGUAUGGAGCUGUUGUAGAUCUUUAUUGGACAGAACAGAAGUCCAAAAUGGGUUUUACUCAAGGUUGCUUUUGAAACCUCUAAAAUUUCCUCACAUUCUUUCUUUUAAAUUUGAGUGUCCAAGUAUUGAGUUGUAAACUAUACCUAGCAUAGCAGAUCUAGAAGCUAUAAGAUAUACUGGGGAUAUGUCCGUAAAUCUCGUGAGACAAACCUGUUUUGUCUCCGGAUUAUUUACUACUUACAGGCUCCUUGAAAGGAGAACAAAGUCUCUUUGGUAACUUGCUGAAGACCUGGCUUCUAUUCAGAGUCUGUUAGCAGGUGUCUGGGGUGGGUGGAGAGCAGUUCCACCUGUGGUCACUAGGGGGCGCAUCUCCAGCGUACUGGCUGUCCUCUUUCCAA